ACCACUGGUCGUCACAACAUGCGUUUUUGCAUUCGCAUGUACGCAAAAAUGCAUAACAAAAGCAAAAUUCGGUUUUUUUUGAACAUUUUUAAUUUCAGCUACCAAAUUCAAUUGCUACAACAGACGUCCCCUAAUCACAAAAGAGAUCGCCAGAUCUUUGUUUUUAGAGCAGUAAUCGCGAACAAUGCAUUGGCAAAAGAAUUGUUUCAAAAGACUUCAAUCAUUGACGGAUUUUCGUCUUACAAAUGCUGCGAUGUGAAACAGCACGCAAAAAGUUUGAUCGAGCUGAUCGAUUUUAUGUUGCAGGAAGUCCAUAGUUCCACAAAACUUGUGCAAGUAAAAAUUGAUUUAAUUUUUCAAAUCCCUAUACUAAAAGACUUCUAUUAUAAGUGCAGAUCGCCUUCCUCAGCGAUCAGAAUUUCUAAAAAAAGCCGAUCCUCGAAUGGCAAGCACAUCUGUGAACAGUUUUCGGUUGCAUGUAAGAAUCAACCGACUUCGCAUGGGAACGCACUGUCUAGCGCUCAUCAAGUUCAGUGCUUCAGAUAUGUCACAUUUCCGAAUAAGCAAAUUCAUGCUGAUUUUAAGCACUGGGCAAAUUCGCAGGUCUCUAAUCUCUAUCAUUUCUUAUCCCUUAUCGGAAGGGUUUAA